AUGGGCGCAACGUGGGCUUUGUUCUUGAUUUUCGCCUUGCCGUGGGACAAGGAUGUUUGGCAGCAGAAGAGUGGGGUUGCGGUGCCAAUCUGGGAGGACAACCAUGACCCCGCUCUCGAUAUGGUCGUGAGCACGGCGCAGAGGGCCGCUAUCAAGGACUUCGUCGAGCGGGUGCGGGGUGCCAAGGGCAAAGACGAAGCGGAGGCUAUCUGGGGUUGCCGCUCGAAGGGCAAGGGCAAGAACAACAAGGAGGGGGACGAGCACGCUCGUAAAACAAUCCAAAUAUGGCAGAAGAAGGUGACGUCGCAGAGUACGUGGUCGGUUGGGGCGAUUGUUCAGGAGGUACUUGAUGACGCCCGGGUUGGCUAUUGGGAGCAUCUCAAGCAGUCUGACGACCCGCGAGACAUCGACAGCGUCGACGUCGACAUCAAAAUGAUCGCUGGGCAGGUCCAAGCUACGUUGUUCGAAAAGCUCCUCGACGAAGAGUACGCCGGAAAGACGAUCUUCAACAUCAAAGAGAGGGAGUGGGUGAUCGCGCUGCUCACUGUCAUUCUCUCCGGACAGAAGACGCACGCCAAGCGAGCUCUCAAGACGAUCAUCUCGCUCGAGGAAACCGUCGCCGCGUCUGAGAACCAGCUCAAAAAUCGUUUGCUCAAGCAGAGCGAGAUUUCGAAGACUCUCCGCGUUUUCACGCGGAGCAGCAAUCGCCUGAUUAAGGCCCGUCUCCAAACCCGCCGCGAAGAGGACAUUGAGAAGAACGAGAAGCUGUCAGAUGUUCUCAGAGCGGUGCAGAGUUCCAUGGAGGGCAAACACAGCGGCGCCCUCUCAAGUGACACGCACCGUCUUAUUGUGCAGAUGAUGAGCCAGGAGGCAGUCGACGACAUCGAGAACGAGAUCAAUGACGCGCUGGACCGCUACAAGAAGGAUGGCGAGGACUUGCCGUUCGCUGAAGGGGACCGGGCAAUCCUUGCGGACUGGAACCUCGACGCCGAGCUCAAACACCUCACGCACAAGAACCCUACGGAGCUCUGGCAGUACUUGGGAAUCAUGGAUGAAAAGCUCGUGCCGCUGUCAGACUGGCGCGAUCCUUAUCUUCUGUAUACGACAUGGACAAACCACCUGGAAUGCCCCGAGGAGCAUAAGCUCCCCUGCAACCUCAAAUGGCACCAACUCGUCGGACUCUGCAGGCUUGCGGAGGCCGUGUUCGACAACAAGAGUCUCCUCGUCAUGGAUGAAGUCGGUGUCGGGAAGACGCUGCAAGUCAUCGCUCUCAUCGCGUAUCGUAUCAUGUCGCUUCAGUCGAUCGAGAAGAACGGCGAGCACCUCGGCGUCUUCAAGAACAAGACGAAGGGCACGCUCAAGGACGGGCCAGUGCUGAUUGUUGUUCCACCCUUGCUCUUCAACCAAUGGCUGGACGAGCUUCAACGUUGGCUCAAGUACGGCGCGGUCGACAUUGUGAUUUACACCGGUCAAUACAAUCGGAAAAAGCGUCAAGAGUGGUGGGAUGCGUGGAAACAGAUGUCCACGAAGCGCUUCACUCGGGUCAUUCUUGCCACUCGGGCGGCUCUUUGGUCCGACGCUGCCGCCGCGGUGAAGUCGAAAGAGGACGUCGUCAGACCUGGCGACCUGCCGACGCUCUACCACGCCGGAGUCGGCCUCUUCGUAGCUGACGAGAUCCACGACGUCCGCAAUAGCGGCCAGCGGCUGAACGCAUUCAUUGCGAUGUCGCGAGUUGUGGGUUCAGCGGUUCUUUUAACCGCGACUCCGAUGGUUACUCGGCCGCAAGACCUCCUCAACAUCGGCAAAAUCAUGCUCAUCAAGCAUUGCUCCUUCGCCGCCAUUUGGCAGGACUUCAGGCGCAAGAUCAAUGCCGCCAAGCGGCAAGAUAAGAGGCGGCGCGACGAGAUCAGGGGAGAGGUGACUGUGGACCGCGCUCGAGCUCUUCUUGGCCGCGGCUCAGGCCCCAGCGAGCUCGACAAGGCCAACAAGGAGUGCAUCCAAGACCUUCAAAAAAUCUUCACUGGCUACGCGAUACGGCGAACGAUCGACAACCUCGACUACCAAGGAAACAAGAUAUGGGGCGCGGAACCGCCUUUCGACAGAUACCUCUUCCUCAAGCUCAACGACGCCGGGAAUACGGCGAUUCAGGAGCUCGCGGAGGAUUCCGCCGGAGCCACCGGCUUAGAACAGAACGCGACAGUGCCAACUGCUCGCUGCUCGCCAGUGGCGGCUACGGCGCGCGGGAUACCCUCGCGAGCCGUGAGACGGCUAGCCAAGCGGCGGUCAGGCGGUCCACUCAUCCCGGCUGAUGCACGUUUCUACUUGGGGGUCAGAAAGAUUCUCGCGCAUCCAGACUAUUACCAUGUGGACAAGGACAUUGAUAGGGUCAUGACCAGGAAGGGUAAGCGGUCGGUGGUCAAGGAGCAGCACACGACGUGGCAAGGACCUCAGUCCCUCGAGGAGUACCGCGCUUCCCCAUCCACGAAGCUCGACGCCACGGUCACGAUUAUCAAGCACCAUAUCACAACCCCUGGUGCUGCUCCUCUGGUCAACAGCUUUACCAACGGCGACACGAUCCGGGAGGGCGAUGAAUUGUGGGAUAUUUACAACAACACGCUCAUCCCGGAUCGCAAGGCAUUUAUCUCCCGCACGUCUGAAGCGCUCCCUGAAGGACCGGAUGAAGACCCGCAAAGGCAGCCUUCGCCAGAGUUGCCUCCAGACAGCGAGCAGGCCCCUCUGUGGGACACGUCGACUCCAGACAAGCUGGUGGUGUACGUGUUCUUUGCAGCGCAGCAGACGUUGCUCAGGAAGGUGCUCGAAUGGGAAGGUAUAACGCCCUACGUUUUGUCGGGUGGGAUGUCUUCUUCCAAGCGUGCUGAUGUUUUACGGGCGUUUCGUGAGCAUGCGAAGCCCACCGUUCUUAUCGUGACGUCGGUCGGCAUUGUCGGACUCAACCUCGAUUGCGCCAACAUUGUGGUGUUUCUCUCUAUCAUGUGGUCUGGCCAGGACGAUCGCCAGUUCAUAGGGCGUGUCUGGCGCAGUCCUCAGAUCAAGCCCGUUAUCGUCUACCGUCCCCUCUCGAUGGACCUCAACGAGAAGAACAUGAGCAACAUCGCGUUCAGCAAGGAAGAAAUGCACACCCAGUUCUUUAUGCCCAAAUGUGUUGCGGACGCGAUCCAGCGCGGCAUCGAGAAAGCCAUCGAGGAAGAGGACGAGGAGGACGAGGUCCCGCAGCUAGGGAAAGGGAAACGCAAGGCCACCAAGACGACCGAGGACACCGACUCGGACAGCGAGGGUAGUCUGCCGCUUUCCCUGCGAGUUGGUCACGCAGCGCAACCAUCCGCGGGCACCGUGCACGCCACUGGCGACCGCGCCAUCGCAGGUUACAUCCUCAUCGUCUCUGCACGAAGGCCUGCAACCGGCGACAGCACCGUCGCCUGCCGCGGCACAAGAGGCCCCGUUGCCAGCACACCCAUCCAACUCAACGCCACCUGGGUCCCCUGCGCAUACAUGCCCGCCACCGGCGACCACGCCGCCGGUUGCCGCGCGGUCUAA